AUGACCAAUUCAGUCCGUGUUCGUCCCAUUACCAACAAAGAUAUUUCAACUGUUAUUCAGUUCAUCAUUGAACUCGCAGAUUUUGAAGAAGCAAGAGACCAAGUAGAAGCUACGGAAGAGAGUCUUUUGAAUGUUUUUGGAUUCAACGAAAAUUCAAAUCCUACAGCCUAUUGUCUUUUCGUUGAGGAGAAUGAAAAGCCAGUAGGUAUGGCAAUAUACUUUCUAAACUUUAGUACCUGGACCGGCCGGGUUGGCAUAUAUUUGGAGGAUUUGUAUAUUCAACCGACACAUCGUGGUAAAGGAUAUGGUAGCUUCUUACUCUCUUAUUUAGCCCGUGAGUCUUUACGGAUUGGAGGAAAACGAUUAGAUUGGGUUGUUCUUGAUUGGAACCAGAAAGCUAUUGAUGUUUAUGAAAAAGCCGGAGCAAAGAAGAUUGUCGGAUGGAGCAUGAUGCGCGUUACAGGCGAGAAGUUGAAACACUUAGCCGAUAAAUUACCAGAUAACUUUUAA